UCGAUACAAAUUUUGCUUAAAAACUAAAGAAAAUGGUGAUCCUCUUAGUUAAGCGUGGUGAUGAAAACCAGUUUCUCUAUGAGACUGACGUGGAGAAACCCGUCGAUGAAGUAGUCAAAAAUGUGGUGGCGAUCUUCAAUGGGAGGUUGAAGGUGACCAGGAUCUGCUAUGAGCUGGAAGAGCUCAGAGACCAUGGGACCUUUCUGCCGUCGGAGAUGCAAGGGUUGAAUGAUGAUCAGAUCAAAGAACUAAAGCUAGAAGACCCAUGGGCCAAGCGUUGUGCUCCUCAAGGCUACGUGGAACACAAGGACGAGAUGGGGAGGCGCUGUGGGCUGGCCCCACCCCCCAAUCUUCAGGAGGUGCUGAAGAAAGCCGCUGAGACUGCCAAGGAAAUUAUUGAUAAGAAACAUGUAGACCUACGUGAGUAUGUGACCCAAAAAGAUGUGGCCAGAGCAUUGGACGAGCUUCGAGGGGCGACCAAAAUAGUGUUCCCCGCUGGUCUCCCGCCCCAUGAUCCAGUCAGGAUGGAGCUGGAUAACGUGGAAGACCUGUCUGGCACGCAGGCUGCAAACGAGGUUAUAGAUCCGGUCAAAGCUUGCCUUUGGGCUUGCGGGAAGAAAUUCUUGAGCGGGAACAAAUUGAGUGAUCAUUUGGGCAAAAACAACAAAUGCAAGGUGACAGUGAAACUCUGCUCCACCACGGAAAACGCGCCGGGUCGUGAGCCAAUCAUGAGCGAGGAUGAGAGGAAACAGCUGAUGCUUCACGCUUACCGCAAGCAGGAGGAGUGGAAGAAGCUGGAACAAGACGAAGAUGACCACUAUUUGGACUCCAAAUGGGCCGAUGGCCAGAAUUUGAAGAGGCAGUUCCAUGGACUGAACGAUAUUUCUUGGAAACCGGUUGUGAAGAAGUAACUUGUCUUUCUCAUCUUGGCGUUCAUAUUCCGUCACAAUGCUUUGGGCACUGGAGUCUAAAUUUUACCUUCAACUUUGUCCAGUUAGCGGCGUAUUCAGU